AUGACCACUGCAUAUUCUGUACAUUCCGCUGGCUCUUACAUGCAGGCCAUGCGGUGCAUGGCUCAAACUGUCGAAAAUAAGAAUUUGGAGAAUACUAGUAAUCAGCUACCUUUGAUUGACGGAGAGGCAAUGGAAAGCUCACGAAAAACUGCAGAUCCCAAUACUGAAUUGGCAGUAUUGGCACAAGAUAAAAAUGAGUGGGACUAUUUAUUUGAGCAGUUCAAUGACCUAUCAUACGAUAAGUUGAAGAAAUUGGUGAACUCCUACAAGAAGGCUAACACAACCGGGGUUUUCCGAAAACUGUAUCGGCUGAUUCAGAGAUCAACAUAUGAUUUACCGUCAGAUGUGUUUUUGCAAUCGAUUUUAGAGAUUGUGUACAGUCACGAAAAUAUGGAAUUGGAAAAGGAAUUAGUGGACUUUCUGGGCGCUGAGCAUAUAGAAUUAAUAUCGCUUUUAAUGCAAGCCAGAAAACAAAUUGUUAUACACCCUAUAGAAGAUGUCUUGAAAAAAACGUUCCAAUCAGAGACGGAACCUCAAUUUUUGGGUCAGAAAGAGAUAAAGGAACAGGUUGCUGAAAACGCAUUUAAUGCUAGAAAUCAGUCCUUAGAUCCGUCUCAAAAGAUAGUGAAAUAUCCUCACGUCUACAGGAAGUAUGAGCAAGGUAAUUCCUCCAUACUUUCUGUAUCUGGCCAAAAAUUUUCCUUGCCGAUUGGCACUGUCAGAUCUUCGUAUCAGACGCACGAAGAGAUUUUUAUACCUGCGGCAGACUCUAAUUCGAAGAAUCAGUUUUAUAAAAAACCCUUGAAAGUACAGGAUCUUGAUCAUUUUUGCAGAUCAGUAUUCACAUAUGAAUCGCUGAACCAGAUUCAGUCGUUGGUCUACCCUGUCGCGUAUAAUACCAACGAAAACAUGCUAAUAUGUGCUCCCACGGGGGCUGGUAAGACUGAUAUUGCAUUGCUCACAGUUCUAAAAACAAUCAAGGACUUCUCCGUGAUAAAUGAAGAAGGUGACAUUGAUAUUCAAUACGAUGCUUUUAAGAUCAUAUACGUUGCGCCACUAAAGGCAUUGGCCGCCGAAAUAGUGGAUAAAUUUCAAAAGAAACUAGCUAUUUUUGAUAUAAAGGUGAGAGAACUGACAGGUGACAUGCAGUUAAAGAAAUCUGAAAUAUUAGAAACUCAAGUUAUUGUCACAACUCCAGAAAAGUGGGAUGUGGUAACUAGAAAAGGAAAUGGGGAUGACAGUUUGGUUUCAAAAGUUAGACUGUUAAUCAUUGAUGAAGUGCAUCUGUUGCAUGAAGAUCGAGGAUCAGUUAUUGAAACCUUGGUGGCACGAACUCUAAGACAAGUAGAAAGUUCACAAUCCAUGAUAAGAAUCUUAGGUUUAUCGGCAACUCUACCAAACUUUAUGGAUGUCGCAGACUUUUUGGGAGUAAACAGACAAGAGGGAAUGUUUUAUUUCGAUCAGUCGUUUCGUCCUAAGCCUCUAGAGCAGCAAUUAUUAGGUUGUAGGGGCAAGGAGGGAAGCAAACAAUGUAGAGAGAACAUUGAUACAGUAGCUUACGAAAAACUUGCAGAUAUGCUCAGAAGUGGUAGACAAGUUAUGGUUUUUGUUCAUUCCCGAAAGGAUACAGUGAGAUCAGCUCGAACUUUUAUUCGAAUGUCUCAAGAGAAUCAUGAAUCAGAUGUUUUUGAGACAGAGCAAUCCGUAAAAGGCUCAUUUGAAAAGGAGAUGGCGAAAAAUAGAGACAAAGAUCUCAAAGAAAUAUUUCAAUUUGGGUUUGGUGUACAUCACGCUGGUUUGGCGCGCACUGAUCGUAAUCUAACGGAGCGAAUGUUCAAAGCAGGAGCAAUAAAUGUUCUAUGUUGUACUGCCACUCUUGCUUGGGGUGUGAAUUUACCUGCUGAUUGCGUAAUCAUCAAAGGUACUCAAGUCUAUGACUCUAAAAAAGGUGGAUUUAGUAACCUUGGCAUAUCUGAUGUAAUACAAAUUUUUGGACGUGCUGGUAGACCAGGAUUUGGCUCUGCUUACGGUACGGGCAUAUUGUGUACAUCUAAUGACGCCUUAGACGACUAUAUUUCACUACUGACACAACAGCAUCCGAUUGAAUCUAAAUUUGGAACUAAGCUCGUUGAUAAUCUUAAUGCAGAAAUCUCUUUGGGAAGUGUUACCAAUGUUGAUGAAGCCAUAAGAUGGUUGGGUUAUACUUAUAUGUUUGUGAGAAUGAGAAAAAAUCCUUUCACAUAUGGUAUUGAUUGGAAAGAACUGGCCUCGGAUCCUUUAUUGCAUGAAAGAAGAAGGAAAAUGAUUGUGACAGCAGCUCGAAGGUUGCAUUCUUUACAAAUGAUAGUUUUCGAUGAAGUCUCUAUGGCUUUUAUCGCCAAAGAUCUCGGCAGAGUAUCCUCCGAUUUCUACCUGCUGAAUGAAUCGGUUGAAGUAUUUAACCAGAUGUGUAACCCUAGAGCAACUGAAGCUGAUGUCUUGUCUAUGAUAAGCUACAGCGGCGAAUUCGAUGGAAUAAAGUUCAGAGAAGAAGAGGCAACAGAAUUGUCCAGACUAGCGGAGAAUGCGCUUGAAUGCCAAAUUGGAGGAGCAUUGGAUACAUCUCAAGGAAAAACAAAUGUUCUUCUACAAGCAUACAUAUCACAAAGCCAGAUACGAGAUUCGGCAUUAUCGUCAGAUUCCAAUUAUGUUGCUCAAAACUCUGUGAGAAUAUGCCGUGCUUUGUUCCUCAUAGGUAUCAAUAGAAGAUGGGGAAAUUUUUCCAAGGUGAUGCUAGAUAUUUGCAAAUCUAUCGAGAAAAGAGUAUGGGCGUUUGACCAUCCUUUGAGCCAAUUUGACUUACCUGAGAAUAUUCUUCGUCAAAUUCGUCACAAAAAUCCGACAAUGGAUAAUUUGCUUGAUUUAGACGCGCAAGAAUUAGGGGAUUUGGUACAUAAUAAAAAGCUUGGAAGUAAGAUUUUCAAACUACUCGGUAAAUUUCCUAGGAUUCUCAUCAAUGCCGAAAUUUUCCCUAUCACGGCAAACGUUUUGAGAAUUCACGUUGUACUUUCACCAGACUUCGUUUGGGAUUUGAAUAUCCAUCAUGAAGCCCAAUUUUUCUGGCUGUUGAUCGAGGAGUCUAAUAAAUCUCAAAUUCUGCAUUUCGAGAAGUUUAUACUUAAUAGAAGGCAGUCAAAGAAUGAUCAUGAAAUGGAUUUUAUGAUUCCACUUUCCGAUCCUCUCCCCCCUCAAGUAGUGGUCAAGAUAGUUUCAGAUAGCUGGAUUGGAUGCGAAUCCAUUCAUGUAAUUUCUUUCCAACAUUUGAUCAGGCCACAUAAUGAAACAUUGCAAACAAAAUUGCAGAAGCUAAGACCCCUUCCUACAUCAGCCUUAAAAAACCCACUCAUAGAGUCCAUUUAUCCCUUCAAAUUUUUCAAUCCAAUGCAAACCAUGACUUUCUUUACCCUAUAUAAUACAGAUGAAAAUGUUUUCAUCGGCUCUCCUACAGGCUCAGGUAAGACUGUUGUUGCUGAAUUGGCAAUCUGGCGUGCAUUCAAGGAAUUUCCAGGUAAAAAGAUUGUAUAUAUUGCUCCUAUGAAAGCAUUAGUUCGCGAAAGAGUAGACGAUUGGAGGCGAAGAAUCACGCCUGUAACAGGCGAUAGAGUAGUAGAAUUGACUGGUGAUUCUAUACCAGACUCUCGGGAUGUUCGAGAUGCAACCAUAGUCAUCACAACACCUGAAAAGUUUGAUGGUAUAUCUCGUAACUGGCAAACAAGAAAAUUUGUUCAAGAUGUGUCUUUGGUGAUCAUGGACGAAGUCCAUUUAUUGGCAAGUGAUAGAGGUCCAAUUUUAGAGAUGAUUGUAAGUCGUAUGAAUUACAUCUCUUCUCAAACUAACCGACCUGUACGUCUUUUAGGUAUGUCCACCGCUGUCUCUAAUGCUUACGACAUGGCCAGUUGGUUGGGUGUGAAAAACAAUGGUUUGUUUAACUUCUCUUCUAGUGUUCGUCCCGUACCUUUGAAAAUGUACAUUGAUGGUUUUCCUGACAACUUGGCAUUUUGUCCUCUCAUGAAAACGAUGAAUAAACCUGCUUUCAUGGCUAUCAAACAACACUCGCCUGACAAACCUGCGUUGAUAUUUGUGGCGUCACGUAGGCAAACUAGAUUGACCGCAUUGGACCUGAUUCAUCUAUGUGGCAUGGAAGAUAAUCCUAGGCGAUUUUUAAGAAUUGAUGAUGAUGAUGAGCUCAGAUACUAUCUAUCUCAGGUGACUGACGACACUUUGAGGCUUUCUCUUCAAUUUGGUAUCGGUUUGCAUCAUGCUGGUUUAGUUGAGAAAGAUCGUUCUAUUUCACACAAACUAUUUGAAAAAAAUAAGAUCCAAAUAUUAAUUGCUACAUCCACUUUGGCAUGGGGUGUCAACCUCCCGGCACAUUUGGUCAUCAUUAAAGGUACCCAGUUUUUCGAUUCCAAAAUAGAAGGAUACAGAGAUAUGGACCUAACAGAUAUCCUGCAAAUGAUGGGUAGAGCAGGUAGACCUGCAUAUGAUACUAGUGGUACUGCUGUUGUAUACACCAGACAGGCGAAAAAAAUGUUUUACAAACACUUUUUGAAUGUGGGAUUCCCUGUCGAGUCGUCCUUACAUAAAGUGUUGGAUGACCAUCUGGGUGCAGAGAUUGCAUCUGGAUCCGUUUGUAGCAAGCAGGAUGCCCUUAAUUUUUUGAAUUGGACCUUUUUGUUUAGGAGAGCACAUCAUAAUCCAACUUACUACGAUAUCGAUGAUGACACAUCUGAAACUGGUGUCAGUGAAGCCUUGAGCAAGUUAAUUGAUGAUGUUUUAGAUAAUCUUACCCUGUCUCAAUGCGUGGAAGUAUAUGGCACGGAUAUUACUGCAACCGCUUUUUUGAGUAUAAGUUCUUAUUAUUAUAUCUCGCAUAAAACCAUACGACAACUACUCAAACAGGUCCAUAACAAUGCUUCAUUCCAAGAUGUUUUGAAAUGGCUAUCAUUGGCGGUCGAAUUUAAUGAAUUACCUGUUAGAGGCGGUGAAAUGAUUAUGAAUGUUGAAAUGUCAGCACAAUCCCGGUACUCUAUUGAGAGCACAUUUACAGGUGAAUAUGAGUUAGACAUGUCCGAUCCGCAUGUAAAAACCUUUCUUCUAUUACAAGCUCACCUAAGUCGCGUCAACCUACCGAUUGCAGAUUAUAUUCAGGACACUAUUUCAGUUUUGGAUCAAUCUCUGCGUAUAUUACAGGCAUAUAUCGAUGUUGCCAGUGAAAUGGGCUUUUUUAAUACCGUAAUGACCAUGAUAAAGGCCUUACAAUGCAUCAAACAAGGCUAUUGGUUUGAAGAUGAUCCAAUUGGUAUUUUGCCCGGAUGUGAUCUGCGUAGACGGGACGAGAUAGAAUUUAGUGAACGUGGAUUUCCAAUCGGUGAAACUGAUUCAAAAUCAAAGCUGACAUUGCAAUCAUUAGGGGAAAUGAGUCCUAAGAAGUUGAUUCCAACUAUCGGCUCUCUAACUACAAGGGAACAAAAAAAGCGAUGCAUCGAUGUUUGUCAGCGGUUGCCUGUACUGAGAAGUUUUGAAACAGAGCAAGCCGACGCUGACAGUCUAACUGUUUCGGCAAAACAUUUAUCUUCGAAGGUGAACAAAAGUUUUGAAGUUUACUGUGAAAAGUUCCCUAAGAUGCAGAAAGAACUUUGGUUUUUCAUAGUUUUCAAAGGGGAGGAACUACUGAUGAUAAAGCGCUGUCAACCGAGACAGAAUUCCAAAGGAACAAUUGUUGCAUGUGAUUUCAUAGUUCCAGAUUUAUUAAAAGGUCAGGCAGUGAACUUGGCGAUUGUCAAUGAUGCAUUGGAUAUAGAGUAUAGAAUGAAACACGUUCUGCAAUGA